CGAUUUCCGACCCGGUUAAUCGUUAAACCUCACACGAUCCAAACAGAUUCAUCAACCUUCUUUACAAACCCGACGGGCGGGCCCCACAUCGCUAACCCCUCAAAUCCGUACGUAAUAUUGACGCUUCAUUUCUCCCAAGUUUUUUCAAUCAAUUCGAUACCACUCUAAAACCCUAAUACUAAAAUUCCCUAAUCCAACCAAACUACCUCGAUCCUUGUAACUAAUUUUCCUCCGGUUAAAAUCAUGCCGGACGUCCAUUCCCUCGUGAACGAUUUCGUAAUCAAGCUCAAGAAACGUAAAAUCGAGGGGUCGAAGGCCACGGCGAAACAGACGGUGGAAUUGCUUCGGUCGUUCAUAUCUCAGCAGAGGCUGCCGAACAGCAACCAAGCCGCGGCGCUCAUUGAGGCCGUUAGAGCUGUCGGAGAGAACCUCAUUGCUGCUAAUCCUGUCGAGUUGGCUGUCGGAAAUGUUGUACGACGUGUUCUUCAUAUUAUACGUGAAGAAGACCUUUCUCUGGCUACUGCUGCUGUUGGUGGGAUAAGUUUGGCAGAUGAAAGUGAUGAUGAUGAUUUCGAGCAAGAUGAUCAUCCAGUUUUAUCAGCUACCGCAGUAGCUGCUGCUGCGAGAAGUUCGUUGAGGCCGCCCUCACUGCAGACUCUCCUUGAAGACGCUCCACACGCAGCAGCUGCUCCUCACCCCUCUUCUUCUGGUGGUGAUUCUGAAGGAAAAAGCAAAUCUGCUGAUAAAAAUUCAGUGACUCGGAAACUGAAGCACAAUGUCAUUGAGGCAGUUAAUGAACUCGUUCAAGAAAUCUCUACUUGUCACGAACAGAUUGCUGAACAAGCAGUGGAACAUAUACAUCAAAAUGAGGUGAUCCUGACUCUAGGCAGUUCAAGGACAGUGAUGGAGUUUCUGUUUGCUGCAAAGGAGAAAAAGAGGACAUUCCGUGUGUUUGUUGCUGAAGGUGCCCCAAGAUAUCAGGGGCAUGCUCUUGCAAAAGAACUGGCUGCAAGGGGAUUGCAAACUACAGUUAUUACUGAUUCUGCAGUUUUUGCCAUGAUUUCCCGAGUCAACAUGGUUAUAGUUGGAGCACAUGCUGUCAUGGCUAAUGGUGGGGUUAUAGCACCUGUGGGAUUGAAUAUGGUGGCCCUAGCAGCUCAAAGGCAUGCCGUUCCUUUUGUUGUACUCGCUGGGGUUCAUAAGCUCUGCCCACAAUACCCUCACAACCCAGAAGUCCUAUUGAAUGAACUGAAGUCUCCAUCUGAGCUGCUGGACUUUGGAGAAUUCUCAGACUGUUUGGAUUUUGCGAGUGGCUCUGGUUCACCUCUUCUUCAUGUAGUCAAUCCCGCAUUUGACUACGUGCCGCCAAAUCUUGUUAGCCUAUUUAUAACUGACACAGGUGGUCACAACCCUUCAUAUAUGUACCGGCUCAUUGCUGAUUAUUACUCCGCUGAUGAUGUAGUAGUGAAACGGAAAUCCGCUUCUUGAAGCUCAGUUUUAGCUAGCUUUGUCUCGAAAACAUGUUGUGGAAUCUAGAAAUUAGCAGAAUGGGAAACCUCGUCGAAUUCAAGCAAGGAUUGGAAAGGGUCGAACCUUUUUGUAGAUGCUUGCUGGAAACGAGUGAUGUUCAGAGGAAAGAGUACAUACAUUUUCGGAUGAUAUUUUUUGGUCAUGUUUUGAUAGUGAUAAAGUGAACUAAAACACGAGAUUAAACACAAGUGUCAUAUGUAGUUUUGGUCUUUACCCCUUGAUGAUUAUCAAGAGGAGCGAGCACGUGACAUUUUACUCGGUAGAAAAAAAGAAGUUUCUGUAACUCGAAAAAAAAUUCUAUUGCGCAUUGAUAUCGGGUCUUUAGUUUACUGCUUUAUUAGUCUCUUCUUCCCCUUAAAAAGAGCUGAAAGUUGUUUUGUUUGUGAUUUGCCUAUACUUGUGAUGUUUGUUCGUUGACAAGGUUCGUAUGCAUUCGUUUUGCUGA